ACGCAAUUCAUGUGCAAACAACAAGCAAGGAUGACGGACGCGGAUGACAAUCAUGGCGAUGGGUGGCUGGAGUGGUCGAGCGAGGAUGAGGGCGAGGGAGGUGCAGCUGGCAGGCACGCUGCUGGCCAGCAGAUGCAACAGAUGCAACCGGCACGGCAGAAGAAGGAACACAGACGAAGACGAAAGGAUUAUGCCAUCCCUGGCAAGGAGCGCCUUUUGUCCGGGUUUGUCCGAGACGUCGCAGCCACGCCACCACCCAACGAUGGUGAUGAUGGCGAUGCAGACACAGUGAGCUUGAUUGCAGAAGAGGAGAACGAUGCUGUUGCAGGCAUGAUGGACAAUGAUGGAGAUGACGGCAAUGAUACUGGGCCACGUGAUGCGGGCCUGGGCGAUGCUGCCGCCGAUGCAGCACGUGUACCCUUUUCUUUCAAGCGUCUCUGGGCAUUCACAGGACCUGGCUGGCUCAUGAGCAUCGCCUACCUCGAUCCAGGAAACAUCGAAUCGGACCUGCAGGCUGGCGCCGUUGGUGGCUACCAGCUGUUAUGGGCGCUCUUCUGGGCAACGGUGUUUGGAUACAUCUUCCAAACCUUGACGUCGCGGCUCGGUGUCGUCACAGGGUCGCAUUUGGCUCAAAUGUGCAGAAAGCAGUACUCGCGGCCAGUUCGAUAUGCGCUAUGGCUCAUGAUGGAGCUGGCUAUCAUCGGCGCAGAUGUACAGGAGGUCAUUGGGUCGGCUAUCGCCAUUCGUAUCCUCUCGAGAGGCAAAAUUCCGCUGUGGGGUGGCUCCCUCAUUACGGCGGUGGACACGUUCACAUUUCUCUUUCUGGAGCAGUAUGGCUUUCGCAAGCUUGAGUUUGUGUUUGCCACCCUCAUCAUCGUCAUGGUGUGCACUUUUGGCUACAUCUACGGCAAGAGUUCUCCCAACACCGGCGAACUGCUGGUGUCGAUUGUGGUACCGCGGCUUUCGCACAAGACGGCCGUGCAAUGCGUUGGUCUGAUUGGCGCUGUCAUCAUGCCACACAACCUCUUUCUUCACUCUGGCCUUGUUCUGCAUCGCCCAAUCAACCGCAGCUCCAAGUUUCAAGUCCGGGAAGCGAACAUGUACUACGCGAUCGAAAGCGCAGCCGCGCUGUUUGUGUCCUUCAUCGUCAACCUGUUUGUUGUUGGCGUGUUUGCCACCCUCGACACGGGCAAUGACGACGACGCAACGUCAGGAGGCGCAGAGAUCAACCUCAACACAGCCGGCGAUCUGUUGGGUGCGCGAUAUGGGGACGCCGUGCUGUACAUCUGGGCCGUUGGGCUGCUCGCAGCUGGGCAGUCGUCGACGAUGACGGGCUGCUACUCGGGCCAGUUUGUCAUGAGCGGGUUCCUUGAUCUGCACCUGUCGCCGUGGCGCCGCGUUCUCCUGACGCGGACGGUGGCGAUGGUGCCAACGCUGCUCUUCGCUGUGCUGGCCGACGAGAACCUCAAUGGCCUGGACGAGUGGAUCAACGUGCUUCAGAGCAUGCAGCUGCCGUUUGCGCUCUUCCCACUGCUGCACUUUACCGGUUCGCGCUUCAUCAUGAAGUCGUUCACGUCGCCCCGCUGGCUGACGGCGCUCUCCUGGCUGCUCGCCCUCAUCAUCAUUGGUGUCAACUACUACCUCAUCGCAGACACCAUCGUGACUGUUGUCCCCGCGAGCGCGUGGUAUGCCUUCCUCGGCAUUGGCGCCGUUCUCCUGGCAUACAUCGUCUUUUCUGCCUACCUGGCCGUUGGGCCAUACCUGCACUACGGCUCCAUGCAGCACAUAUACAAACCAGAGGCGCGGCUUGGGUGGUACCACGUCCACCAUCGCAUCAAUCCCCAGAGCGAAGAUGCAGCCGUCAUCACUGAGCCCAUGCUCAGUAGUCACGAUGCGCAUGAUGACAAUAAUGGCGAAAACUUUCGACUCUGAUCAUCGCGUGUUGGGGUGUCCCACUUGGUUAUUCAUCUUCGUCUUCAUGCGUUUCACAUGAAGGGCUUGCGCCGUCUGACCACUUGUUCUGUAUUGUUCAUACAUGCACGCACGCGCGACUUGGCGUCGCGUUGACAUCCGCCCCUGCUUUGAGGUCGUGGCAGCCGUCGAAUUUUCUCUGUGCCUGAGUUACCGUCGAGCUACCGUGCCAUGCCAACGUGAAGGCAAUUCCCUCAUUGCCAUAAGAGUUCGCCAACACAUCAAAAAAACCGCAUUAAACCCUGU